AUGUACGUUCUUUUUAAUGAUCAACCGAAGAAGGGGGAAGGAGGAGGAAGACGACGACGAGAAGGAGAAGAAGAAGAAAUUUCCAACCAAGAAGGAAUGCACAAUAGGCAAAGGAAUUCCUCAUCGGAAAAUGAAAAUACACUAUCCUCCAAAUAUUUCAGGAAAGAAAAUAGGCGAUUCAAGCACAAUAUGAACAUCCUAGAUAAACGUAAGCCCCCGUUGGUGGGGGUAGGGAACGCACCUGAACAGAAGAUUGACCUACCAAGUGAAAGGCAGAACGAACUGGACAUUUUAAAAGAAAAGAAAAAUAUCGAACCAACGGGUAUCAUCAUAGCGUGCUGUAUAGGAACCGAUUUCCGUUUUUCAACAUUCAUUAAAGACUUUAAAACGCACAACAUAAACGACGGAUUUAUCAAAAUAAAGAAGGUGUACAGUGAAGUCAUCUUUUGUUCCGCCUUUUCGCAAAAGAAGACUUUUUUUCUUUUUCGCUUUGGGUGUAUCGUGCUGUGGGAUUUCAGCAUAAAGGAGAAGGAGAUCCUAUUUAUCAACCUGAAGGAUUACCUCAGUGAGGCGUACACCGAAAACGACAAUGAGCUGGACAGCAUGUUCUACAUUAUGAACAAAGCAGAUGAUUCGAAUGAUAACCAAAGUGCCAAGAACGUCGAGAGGUGUUCCUUCAAAAUAAAGAAUGACAUUAUUUAUAUUUACACUAACGACAUAUUUGAGAAGUUAAGUUAUUCGUAUGCCUUCUCUCAGAGCGUAAAACUGUCCUACUUCGAAAAGGUGGUAGACGAUACCAUCGAUAAGACAAAGAGCAUCCCAGAAUGUCUAGCGAGAACCGGAAAGAUUCAACUAAAGAAGAAUGACAUAAGCAAGAAAAUCGGCGAACUGUUUGUUAACAGAUUUUAUAUUAAUAUGAACACGGAUAUGUUGGACACCCCAGAAAUAUUUUGGGACCACGACGACUUUACCGAAACGUACGAGCACUUUAGAAAAUAUCUGGAUAUCUCCAAAAGGGUCGAAAUUUUGAAUCAUAGGUUAGAUAUAAUUAAAGACCUGUACGAUAUGCUGCAAAACGAGUUAACCAUUCAGCACGGAUACAAACUCGAAUGGAUUGUGAUAUAUCUCAUAUGCAUAGAAGUCAUCAUAGACAUUGUCUGGACAAUCAUCAUCAAGGGUGUUUUCAAGUGGGGCUGA